AUGAAUUGGCUUGCGUUCCUGUCUUUGGUGGCGAACACUGCCGCAGUCGGAUCGUUCCGCACUCGAGAACCGCCGGGAAGCGUUUGCGCCUCUGCUGGUGGGGGACAAGUCGGAUACUACGAUUUCGAAAGCCGCGGCGACCCUGCCAACGAUCCCGUAAUUCUCUGCAUGAGCGGUGGACCCGGCGCUUCUUCCGUGGCUUUCGGCCUCUUUCAGGAGCUCGGGCCCUGCAUCAUUGAGGGCACCAACUCGACAAAGCCGAAUCCCUAUGCUUGGAACAACAAUGCGAACGUCAUCUUUGUUGACCAGCCAUCCAAUGUGGGGUUUUCUUAUUCCAAAGAUCCGGUAACCAACCUGGAGGAUGCGACAUCUGACAUGUAUGACUUUCUCACUGCCUUCAUGGAUCAGUUCCCGAAAUAUUCUCACCAAAACUUCUACAUAAUUGGCGAGUCGUACGGGGGGACUUGGGUACCGGCCCUGGCGAGAAAGAUCCAUCAUCGCCAGUCUUCGUCAAUGGCCCAGCUUGUACGGUCCACCACAAACAUCAAAGAGGCUCGCAUCAACCUGAAGGGGAUCGGGCUCGGCAACGCGCAGCUGUCCCAGAAGUUUCAAUGGCCCGGAUUCUACCCAACUGGAUGUCUUGGAGACGAGCCUGUGUACAACAGAAGCACAUGCGCCGUUCUCGAGUCGCAUGUGCCGCAAUGCGAGAAUAUGCUGGACAUCUGCAACAAGGUGGAAAACGAUCCCGAUGUUUGCAAUAACGUCCUCGAUUACUGCCGGAAGAGAAGUGUCUACUUCAUCUUCGACGAGCGCCUCAACCCAUACGACUUCCGGAAGCCAUGCACCGAGGGAGGGCUAUGCUACAAAGAAGCAGACUGGAUUGCCGAGUACCUUAACUCGUCUUUUGUCAAGCGCGAGCUAGGAAUACCCGAGGAUGUUACCUUUGACAUCAUUGAUUACGAAUUGGGGCAGUAUUUCGAGAAAUCAGGGGAUGUCUCGUUCGACACUGUUGGCUGGGCAGGCGAUCUGCUUGAUCAGGGGUAUCAAGUCCUUGUGUACGCAGGCAACAAGGAUUGGUUUUGCAACUCAGCAGGAGAGAAGAAUCUGGUCCACAACAUUCGUUGGCAUCAUCAGCCUGCGUUCCAAGCUCGCGACUUUCAGGACUUCAGACUGGAGGGUGAACAGAUCGGCAUCUUCAAGCGCGAAAAGUGCUUGAGCUUUGUUGAGAUGUUCGACGCUGGGCACAUGGUUCCGGCGGAUAAGCCAAGAGAAGCACUGUUUUUGAUCGAGUCAUGGAUCAAAGGGGUUUGGACUUCAGCCUGA